AUGGAUGCAACUGCAAGGCCCCUCAGAAUUAUACCUGAGAUGGCCGUUUAUGCAGCAAAAAAUGACAUACUUUUGCAGGCACUAGUGAUACAUUUGUUGGUAUACAAACCAGAGGAGCCCAUUCAAUACCUGAUUAAUUUCCUGAAAAGGGACAGUGUUGAUGUGUCAAUAAUUAUAUUGAUGGGUCCUCCAGCGUCCGGCAAAAGAACCAUAGCUAAAAAGUUGUGUUAGCGCACUCUGGCUAUUCAAAUAACUCUUAGCAAUAUCUUAAAGGAUGACACUGAUCUGACCAGAGCUGCACAUCAAUACCAAGAGAAAAAUCAGAAGAUCCCCAAAGAGCUUUGGAUCAAGUUGAUUCGGCAACGGCUGUCAAAAAUGGAUUUUGUUAGAUGGGGCUGGAUUUUGGAAGCCAUUCCCAAGACACAAGCAGAGGUAUUAUGUCUACAAGAAACAGACAUCACCCCUGAUCAUGUUGUAGUGCUGGAAGCUCCUGAUCUCGUCUUGAUUGAAAGAAGCUUGAGCAAGAGGAUUGACCCUGUCAUAGGAGAUGUGUACCAUUUGACCUUCAUUUGGCCUGAAAUUGCAGAGCUAGCUCAGUGAUUAGAAAGCCUCUAGACAUUAAUGCCAAUGGAACUGGUAGCCAGAAAGCUGCAGGAGUACCGCACAGAAGCCCAUUCUCUGAAGCACACCUACUACAGCUGCCUGAAGAACAUCAAUGCUGACCAGCCACAUAUAGAUUUUUUCUCACAAGUUAUGAACUGCACCAAAGUUCACAUGAAGCAUACCCCAGACCCCGUCACACCCAGAAUUCUACUGCUUGGACCCCCAGGUUCAGGAAAAAGUCUUCAGGGCAAACUAAUUGAUCUGAACUAUGAUGUUGUCAGUAUUUGUUGUGGUGAGCUUUUGAAGGCUGUGUCAUCUGAUGAGAGACAUAUGGGGGAGCUCAUUAAACCAUACCUGGAGUCAGAACAGCAAGUGCCUUCCAGUAUAGUGCUUCAGAUCCUGACAGAGAGACUGAACAGGAUGGACUGUACCACCAGAGGCUGGAUGCGCCAUGGCUUUCCUCAAGAUGUGGAGCAGGCAGAGAAGUCCAACGUUAUACCUAACAGGGUCUUCUCUCUGGAGAUGACUGAUGACAUUGCAGUUAAGAGGGUAACACUGAAGGGUGUGUAUCCUGCGACUGGAGAAUGGAACCAAAGUUUGUAUAAGUCUGCCCCGAAUUCAGAAGUGCAGGCCCGGCUUUGGUUUAACCCACAGGAUUUAUAGGUGCAGCUGCUAAAGAGGCUUAAAGAUAACUGGUUCCAUGCAGUGAGCCUACAGGUCUUCUACCCACAGGCAGUGUGCAUCAAUGCUGACCAGGACCCGCACACAGUGUUUGAGUCACUUGAGAGCUGACUAGUGGUUCGACUGCUAAAAAUACUGUCUAACAAAGAAUGUGGGCUGAUGGGCCAGUAA